AGAUGCUAACAACAAAGAAUCCAAGUGUCUAGUGGGAGGUGGAUCCGAAGCACUAUGCCAGGGAAACGCACUGCGAAGAAGAGCCCGGUGCCGGAAGAAGAGUCUCCUGGAACGAAGAAAAUUAAAGGUAAGAAAAAUCCCUGGGAGUUUUCCCUCCCCGUUCCCAGGGACCAGCCCGGCCUUGUGCUGACGCUGUGGCAGGGGGAUGUCGGCCAGCUCGGCCUGGGGGAGGACGUGAUGGAGAGGAAGAAGCCGGCCCUGGUGCCGCUGCCGGAGAUGAUGGUGCAGGUGGAAGCCGGAGGGAUGCACACGGUGUGCCUCAGCCAGACGGGAAAAAUCUACACCUUUGGCUGCAACGAUGAAGGCGCCCUCGGGCGCGACACCUCGGCAGAAGGGUCGGAGACCACGCCGGGGCUGGUGGAGCUGCAGGAAAAGGUGGUGCAGGUCUCUGCGGGGGACAGUCACACAGCCGCGCUGACGGAAGACGGCAGGGUUUUUGUCUGGGGCUCUUUCAGGGAUAACAACGGGGUGAUCGGCUUGCUGGAGCCCAUGAAGACGAGCUCCGUUCCUGUGCUGCUCCAGCUCAGUGUACCCGUUGUUAAAAUUGUCUCAGGGAAUGACCACUUAGUGAUGCUGACGGUGGACGGUGACCUCUUCACGUGCGGCUGCGGCGAGCAGGGCCAGCUGGGGAGAGUGCCGGCGCUCUUUGCCAACCGAGGAGGAAGGAAAGGCCUGCAGCGCCUGCUGGUCCCCCAGCGCGUCCCUGUCAGAGGCAAAGGCAACAGAGGCAAAAUGCGUUUCCAGGAUGCCUUUUGCGGGGCUUACUUCACCUUCGCCGUCACGCAGGAGGGACACAUCUAUGGAUUCGGCCUCUCCAACUACCACCAGCUGGGGACCCAGGGCACCGAGCCCUGCUUCUCCCCGCAGAACCUGACGUGCUUCAAGAACUCCACCAAGUCCUGGGUCGGGUUCUCCGGUGGGCAGCACCACACGGUGUGUGUCGACUCAGAGGGUAAAGCCUACAGCCUGGGCAGGGCCGAGUAUGGCCGGCUGGGCCUCGGGGCAGGGGCGGAGGAGAAGAGCACGCCCACGGUCAUCCCGGAGCUCCCCAGCAUCUCUUCCGUCGCAUGCGGCGCAUCGGUCGGCUACGCCGUCAGCCGCGACGGACGAGCGUUUGCCUGGGGCAUGGGCACCAACUACCAGCUGGGCACAGGGGAGGAGGACGACGUCUGGAGCCCCGUGGAGAUGACGGGCAAGCAGCUGGAAAACCGCACGGUCCUGGCCGUGUCCAGCGGCGGCCAACACACUGUGCUGCUGGUCAAGGACAAGGAGCAGAGUUGAUGAAGCGACGCCGCGCAGCCGAGCCCAGCGGGAUCGCGGGACCCGCACACACACCCCCCACCUUUUGCCCGGGUCGGGUGACCGGUUUCCAGCUCUGGUCUCCCACCGACGGUGGUGGGGAGGGCAGGAGGCUCCCGGAGCCGGACCCCGGCAGCGUCUGCGUGGCUGGAGCAGGGCUCUUCAGGGAUGCUCGUGAUUUCUCCCUGCAAGCAUGUGUCUGUCUUCCCGUGGUGCCCGGUGCUCUGUCAGCUCCCCCGGGUCAGCUUGGUCCUAAACUGAUGUCAGUACUGUGGCUGGAUGGGUUUUCC